AUGGGCGCCUCGCCCCGGUCGAGAGCGGGCCUCGCGCCGCUGCUGCUGGUCCCGCUGGUUGUCCUCGCCCUGCAGCUCCUCGCCGCGGCGCGUUUGCGGGCGGAGGAGAGGGACGCGGCCGUCGCCUUCACCGUUAUCAGCAUAGAGCCGGAGAGGAGGUCGACGGGCCGGGCUGGGGGAGCCAGCGCCGGGAGAGAGGGCGCGGAGGAGGGGCUGGAGGAUGGGGCGCGAGCGUAUGAGGAGGAAAACCAGACGCACGAGCGCCAGGUGGGACCCAGAGUGAUGGAGAUGCAGCCAUGGGCAGUGAACAAGCCGUCCUUCUCAGCAGAACUCGGUCGCAUCAUCACGUAUAUCACAAGGCCACAGCUGAACUGCUCCAGGGUUUUACCCCCGGGGAAGGCCCAGGCAGUGGCGCCCCCAGUGGCUUCAGCUCGCUGGCUGCUGUGUGCCGAGGACUGGCUGCUUCCAGCUGCAGAUAGACUCUGCGUCGCUUACUCCUUCAGCGCGGAAGGAGGAGACGCAGACUUCCUGAGCGCCGUCUCCAGACUCGGAUGUGAAACCCACAGUUUUGAUCCCGGCACCUCCAGUGCAUCUGUUGGUCACCCUGGCAACAGUUUGGCCAGUAACCAUGGCAACAGGGGCGUCGUCAGCCAGCACGGAUUGUGGCUGGAGUGGCGAGCUGCGAAGAGGCGCGGGCACGGGGCGAGCCGGCAGCCCGGGCGGGGUUUCUCGCACGGCGUCAUGGCGGCGCUGGGGCAUCGCACCGUGAAUUUUUUGUAUGCUGACCGGCUAAGCGCCGAGUGGCGGCUUUUCCAGAACUGGAUCGAGGCGGGUACUCUGCAGAACAUUCAUCAUCUGGUCGCCACUGUGCACCUGCACUGGGCGGGCUUUGAGGUGGGGGGCAGCGACGAGGAGGUGCUCCGCUACUGGUUCAGCGUGCUGCGGGGCCUGGAGGCCGCUGGACUCCACCUGGUUCACAGCUCCUCAGGAGAGGAUCAGGGUGUCCUGAAACGCGCUGUGGAGAGCGCUCACAGCUCCUACACCCUCAGCUGGGUCAACACACGACGCUGACACUCGACAAAAUGCUGUUAUGGAGGGAAACGAACAAGGCUGAGAAUGUUUUGUCUGAAAAUGAUGCAGUUUCGUGGGGGGGGG